CUUAGAGGAUACCAAUCAUCAACACAAGUAAAACGGCGGCGAUUUUGGUAUAAACUCCGAAAUAUGAAUAUUGCAAGAUCGGAAACUGAAUGGCCUGAAGUUGAAAUCGGAACUGAUAAUGCAUCCUCUGCUGUUGCUUUUGAUGAGAUUAACAGGACCAAAAGGAAAUCAUUGGAAAAGUUCGUGGUAGUUUACGUUUAUAUGAUUACAUUUUGUUUCAGUAAUGAUGAAGCUGUACAUGCUGCUUCAGAUGAAGAGUUCAAUCUUUCUGUCAUAGAUUUUUAUGGCUCAAAUAUUUCUUCCGAAACUUCUUGGAUUUUGUUUCUACAAAUAUUACUACCAUUCAUCACUGCUGGUAUUGGUAUGGUUUUUGCUGGACUCGUCCUUGAUGUGGUACAGCACUGGAAUCUUUUUAUCCAGGUACCAGAAACAUUCAUUUUAGUGCCCGCAUUGCUUGGUUUAAAAGGGAAUCUUGAAAUGACAUUUGCAUCCAGAUUAUCAACUUUGACUAAUAUGGGACGAAUGGACUCAAACGAAAGCCGUUGGAUAGUUAUUACCGCUAAUUUAUCGCUUAUUCAAGUACAAGCAAUUGUUGUCGCAUUCCUUGCUUCUGCUUUUGCGAUAGUUCUUGCUUGGAUACCGAAAGGGCAGAUUGAUUGGUCCCAUGCUGCUUUAUUAUGCGCAAGUAGUUUAACUACUGCAUCAAUGGCAUCACUAAUUCUUAGUAUUGUGAUGAUAUCUGUUGUUUUAUGUUCACGACAUUUUGGGAUCAAUCCUGACAAUGUUGCGACUCCCAUUGCUGCUUCAUUGGGUGACCUUACCACCCUGGGUAUACUAUCAUUGCUAGGUAAUAACGUUAUUUUUGAGUCGCACAAUUCAUAUUAUUCGCCAUGGCAUAGAUAUUUUCUGCAUUGUUCGGUAUUCCUUCAAGCACAUCUUGUUGAGUCUUGGCUCAAUGUUGGUGUAAUUUUAAUGUUCAUGACGGCUGCACCAUUCUGGGCUUAUUUAGCGAGAAAAGAUGAAGGUAGCACCGAUGUACUAGAAAAUGGUUGGUCGCCGAUCAUAAUCAGUAUGUUGAUUAGUGGUAUGGGUGGUUUCAUACUCGAAGGUGCUAUCAGAAAAUUUCCGAAAAUUGCUGUCUUUCAACCUGUUAUAAAUGGAGUUGGUGGUAAUCUUGCUGCUAUUCAAGCUAGCCGCCUUGCAACAUUCUACCAUCAAAACAAUUUUCUGGGGUGUUUGGGAGAGAAUAAAUUAUGUGAUUAUUUCAGUUUUAGACGCGCAUUCUUUUCUAGGAAUAAGGAUGCUCGCUCUGCUCGUGUUUUGUUGUUUUUGGUGGUUCCUUGCCAUAUAUUUUUUAACUGGGUUAUACACACCUAUCACGAAGGAAACAGUCCACCAUCAGACCUACUCUUCACUAGCGUUUACAUUACUGCUGCAUUUCUGCAGGUUUUAUUACUUCUGUAUGUUUGUCAGUUGCUCACAGCUAUUUUGUGGUCGCUGCAAGUCGAUCCGGAUUGUGCUGUUAUACCAUAUUUGACUGCCCUUGGUGAUUUAUGUGGUACAUUUUUACUGUAUUUGAUAUUUAUUUUUUAUUCAUGGCUUUGCAGAGAUAUAAAUUCCGGGUGA